AUGGGGCUCUCUAUUCCGUCCUGGGCCAUUUUCCUCGUGGCCUUGUUCGCCUUCAGUGGACAGGCUCACGCGUUCGGAGCCGGUAAUAUCGCUUCCAUCUCGCGCGUGGAAGGCCAGAACUGGCGCCAUGGUGAUAUCGAAGAUACGCUUCUCACCUUGGUUUUGGCUCGUGUCGCCGGUGGUCGGAAGUUCAGCAAGUUGGACGUCCAGCGGGUCUACUUCGGGAAUUGGCUGCGGGAUUACAGUCAGGCUGUGGAUGUUGGCACGCUGAAGUACGUCAGUACCGAGGCUAUUCGCAUUCUGAUCUGGGUUCUCGGCUUCUUGAGUUUUGGGUACGGGACCAAAGAGUUUGAAGUGACCACGGAGCGUCUGGGAUGCUAUGAGCCCACCGAGCACAUUGACAACCCACUCGGUUAUGCCGAGGGGGAAGACGCGCGGAAAUACGACCGUCGCCUCCGAGGUCCCAUAGACGAGGAGCGUGAACUGUCCAUCAAUCCCCGGACCGGUCUGAAGAACUACAUCGCCUCCGAGAACUUGGGAAUCUCCACAUCUGCAGCUCUAGUGCGUCGAGUCUUCCGCCGUUCAAUCCAGUUGGGGCGUGAAUAUGGACGGUCCGGAAAUAAGGAAGAUCUGCAUGAAGCCCUGCGCCUUCUUGGAACUGGUCUCCAUUGCCUGGAGGACUACGCCGCCCAUUCCAACUACACCGAGCUGAGUCUGAUCGAAUUGGGAGAGUCCGAAGUUUUCCCUCAUGUCGGCCGUGACACCAAAAUUGACCUCGACGGGAAGGAUGUUUACCCUAUCGUCACCGGUACCUUUGGUGGAGUGGACUUCUUCCACUCCGUCCUCGGUGAGCUGUCCGAUAAGGCCACUCAAUCUGAAAUCCAGUCCCUCGAGGGUGUCAUUUCCGAGUCGGAGAACGACGGUGCCCCUGAUAGCCUCCUACAAGACCUGCUCAGCAAGAUCCCGGAAGGCUUGAUCGGUAGCAGCAGUGAUGAGGAAGCGGACAAAAUGAAUGACUUCAAAGCUCAAUCGCAAAAUGCCAAGCAACACAACCAGAAUAUCUCUCCCCGUGAACCGGAAGAAUGGACUCGUUACUUGGACGAGGUUCACCAGCAAAUUUUGCCUGUCCUGGAAUGGCACGAUAACCUCAUCAAAUCCAUCAACGAGGCCAUCGAGAAGAUUCCUGUCAUCCCGGAUCUGAUUGAGCAGAUUCAGGAGCAGAUCAACGUGUUUGUAUUUUCGAUCAUCGCGCCCUACGUCCUCCCCAUUAUCCAGCAAGUCAAGACUGAGCUGCAAACGGGCUCCUCCGAAGUCAUCCAGAGCAGUCGAGAGCAGCAACAUGUCGUAUUCGACAACGAUAGCUGCUCGGACCCUACACACUCGAUGCUCUCAAAGGACCACUUUUCAAAUGUACUCAACGAACCAGCUGGUCGGGUCGCUUCUCAGAUCGUCAAGUGGGUCGUGCCGCAGCUGAUGGAGUGUUGGGACAACGAAGACGCGGAUAUCAAGCGGACUUUGGAUCGGAUUGUCCACGGGGUGUUCCACCAUCCGGCGCUCCGUGACCGCGGCGAGGACGGUGCCGACGAAAUCCGUCAGAUUAUGUUCGGUACCGUCCAGCAAUGGUGGGAAGACAAGGACAGGGAUGAACAAGACACCCUUCGCGAGCAGCUUUCCCGCGAGGGUGUCCAGGAAGGCAAGAACCACAAGGAGGGAGUUCAGGAUUGUGGACACGGCUGCGGCAAGCCUCUCACCCUGCACAAAGGACAGGCCCGCACUUCCGGUCGGACGGGUGGACCCGACACUUCGAAGAUCGAAAAGAUCGCGUCCAAGGCUGCGGGUGGUGGUGCGCUUGGGGGUCUUGUUGGGGGUCUUGUCGGCCAAGUUGGCUCAAUGAUCUUGAAUGAUUCUGAGUCUCGUUCUUCUGAUAAUCAUGAGCGUCGUUCUGACUACAGUGGUCAACGGGAGAACUAUGAGAGGCGCGACAACUACGAGAGGCACGAGAACUACGAGAAGCACGAUACAUACGAGAGGCAUGAGAGGCCUGGGCGGUAUGAGGAGCACGAAAGACAUGAGAAGCAUGAGCGACGGCACAGACGGAAGUCCGAUGAUGAAGAGUCUCACAACAGUUCUGACGAUGACAAGUCUGGAGAUGAACGCAAGGCCUCAAGACGCCACCGUCACCAUCACGAACAUGAAAGACAAGAUGGCUAUGCUCAGCAAUAUCAAAGCGGAUAUGACGGAGGCAAUGAGUACUCCCGUCACGAAUCUUACGAGUCUCGCUCGCAGCGCCGCGACGAGUAUGGUAGCCAGUACUCCGAGGCUCGUUACGAAUACCAAAGCACCCCUGCUCGUGGUGAGUACAGCAGUGGUGGAUACAGUAAUGAGUACUCUGAGUCUCGUCACGGAUAUCAGAGUACUCCCGCCCGGGCCGAGUACGGCUCUGGGUCCAGGGACGAGUACUCGGAGUCCCGCUAUGGAUCCCAAGGUGCAUCCCGCACUGAGUACGGCGGUGGAUCUUCCGAAUCUCGUUAUGAUUCAGGCUAUCCCUCGGCGCGUGGCGAGUAUGGUCGUGAAACCUCCGAGUCCGGUUACGGUUAUGGAAGCAGACCAACUUACGGCGGCGAGCAGAGGGGGUACUAUGAAGAAGGAAGACGUAAUGAGUAA